CGGCUGUUAGGCGGCCGUCGCUGUCCACUUGGUUUCGUUGGCGGGCGCUCCGUGAGCUGCUUGGCACGAUGGACGCCGAGUGGAAGAACGACCAUUUCUGGCUCUACGUGCUGGCCCUGGGCUUGGACCCGGAGGCUGGCGGCAGCCUCUUGGAACUGAGAACGAAGAUGUUUGAUAGCCCAAGCAGCAGUGCCUUUCAUGUCAUUGCCCUCUUGUUUGCUAAGCUGGAUCACUCCCGCGCAGCAGAAACUUUCAGAGACUGUUUCUUUCCAGUAGGAAACUUCACAGAUCCUGAAUUUAGGAAGCAGUGCUGUAUGUGGCUGAAAGAUAUUGCAAAUGAAGACCAAAGCUGUCUUCCACAAAUUACACCUUCUUCAUUUAUUUGUCCUGCUGGUCCUAAAUUUAUUCGCCUAUUGUAUUGGUUUGCAAGACACGUAGUGCUUGAGGACAUGAAAAGGAACUCCACAGGCACUGAUAGACCUUUUGCUGAAGCUGUAAGGUUGAGACCUAAGGAUAUGUACAUGGCCAAUGCAAGAUGUAGAGUCGCAUACAAUAAACUUCUGCAAAUUUUUCAAAAGGAAGAUUUUGUUAUUCAAGAAUAUGAGAAAAAAGCACAGCUUUUAAUUAAAGAAAUAAAACAGAUGAAGUCUGAAUAUGCAGUCCUGCAGAUACAGUCUUGCAGGAUGAAACAAAAUGACCACAGCAAAAACGACAAAACUGAGAGAAUUCAAAAGGUUCGCAGUAUGUGGACACUUAUAAUGGAAAUGCUUACAUCUCUGAAAAAGGAAAAGGAAGUUGUGGACUCUGUGCUUCAUGUACUUGAAGAUUGUGUUGGUCAGUGCAUUUUAGAUGGAACUAAUGUUGUUUUCAGUGUUCCACAGCUGUUGGCUCACAGAGUUGAAAGUGACACAUACGGACUUUGUACAGGAAAUGUAUAUGAAGCUGAAAAACUGAAUUUCUUAACAGCCAUUCAGUUACUAAAUGAAGCCCUGAUGGUGUUGAGAGAUGAACGUUAUCAAUCUGAACUAAAACAACUACUUCAGGUCAUUGAGAAUAGGAUUACGGGCCUCAAUAAAAUACUACAAGAUUUGGAAGCAAAGAGGGUGAAAAUAGAGCAACAGCAUUGUGUGUCAGCGAGUGGAUGUAUUUCUAGAAAACAGGAAGACUGGGAGGUGAACUGGAAAAACGUUCUUGGCUUGUGUCCUUUUAAUUUAAUCUUAGGUCAGGACUCAGAACUUGAUUUAAGAGCUUCGACACCCCAUUCUUCUACUGUUGCAGAAGAUGAUGAUGAGGAUAGCGUCUUUUGUCAACAUCUACUAUCAGUUUCAGAUAUUUGUGACGCUAUUCAUGAAGUACGUUAUGAGAAGGAUGAUGCGGCUUUGGAAACUAUGAUGCAUAAGUCAACACCACCACCAAGAUGCCCCCCAAGGAUCUCUUCAGUGCCUUUGGAGUUGUCAAAAGCAUCUGAAAACAGAGACGUGUUAAUUGAAAAGAACUUGCAUGUUGAAACUUGCAAGGGGAAAAAACAGCCUGUACCUCCAAAGAUCUUAAAAGAUGGAAAGGUUGAGUCUGCCAUUUCAGAAAUGUGGGAGAAUGUAGAUGAUCAUGUUAUCCAGACAGAGUCUCCUGUCAAAAAAGAAGACCCUCUUAAGAAAGCCAGAGAUGAACUGGCAGAAGAGGUUGCAAAAACAGUGAUAUCUGAGUCACCUCAGAGUGCUGAAGGAAAAGGAAUGGCAUUAGAAGAUCUCAUUAGCUCACUGGCUUUUGACCCAUUUUUAACAAGGAAACAAAUUCCUCGAACUCCAGAAAAUCUGCUUACUGAAAUUAGAAGCUCAUGGAGAAAAGCUAUUCAAACUGAGGGCUCAUCAGACAUAGAGCUGGCCCCAACCGAAGUAAUGCUGGAAGAAGUUCCAAUGAAUGCUAGACCUGUAAUGCAGAAGGUGGCAGACUCUAGAUGCGUGUGCUCUAUCCCUGUAUCUCCUGUACCUGUCCUUAAUCCUCCCUUGUCAGAAAGGAAGUCCCAAUUAAGUUCUACAGAAUUUAGACCUCAAGAGCAGAUGAGGAUAAGUCCCAUCAUUGAAUCUCCAAUUUCAGAAACAUCUGGAAUGCGAGAGAGUGAGAGAACUGAAGAACAGGAAUUAAAGUGUAUUGUUUUGAACAAAAGUUCUGUAGAAUAUCCAGAAGAACAUAUUUUUCAAUAUGUAAAGAGCAUGAAUACACCAGAUACUUGUUCAGAAGACAGCAGUACAACAAAUGUUCUACCUUCAGACCAGUUUCGGGGCUCCUUAAUGGAUGGGAUGCUGCACCGGAAUCUAUCUCCAUGGCUAAGUUCUAUCAGUCGUGAAGCUGCCUUCUUGGGGAUAUUGGAUGAGACACUUCCAGAAGAACUUGGUAACAUAGAUCUUAACAAAUCUGCAAGCCCAGAGUCUGAUUUUGAUGUAAUAGACAGCACAUAUGUAACAGGUGGUUCAGAAAAUAAGGGGGAUAUUAAAAAAUCAAAGGUAGAUCUACAAUCCCCAUUCAACACACAUAAAGCACUGAGAAAGACUGCAUGGAGAAGUAAAGAGGAGCUGCAUGAAACACAUAAUGGAGGUGAAUCUGUAAGAUGUAGAUUAGACCUAAGUCUUGCAUCAGAAAAAAGAGAAAGGGGUGAAUUGUGUGGUCCUCUAGAACUCUUCUGCUUGGAUGAAGAAUUUACCAAGACGCCAUCACCAGUAUCUCUUAAUGAAAGAAAAUACUCCCUGUCAUCUUUGCUGGUAUCCUGUCAACAUCUGGAGGAAAUAGCAUCAAUGGUACAUGAAAUCCCAUUAGACUUAAUGCAUAAAUUGGAGGAUAAAGAGCAGUUGAAUGAAACACUGCGCACGAAGGAACCAUCAUCAGGAUAGAAUUUGUAAAGCAGAAGCAUAACCAUAGUAGUGCAAUUAUGGUUCACUUGAGCGUGUAGCAUCUUCUGCAAGGACUGCCUACAUGGAGAAGUUGCACUCCUUUAUUUUUUGCGGAGACUGUAUUACAGUCUCCUUGUUUAACAGUGUCAGUAGCCUGCUCUGGUUCAUGUCAUCCAUAGUAGCAUUUCAUAUUUUUAUAUUGGUUUUAGGGUUUUUUUUUGAAAUAGUAGGUGUUGAAUUGGUGGCAUAAUCCUAGAAAAUGGAAAAAUGAAGUCCCGAAGAUCUUACUGUUUCUCAUUUGGUGUUUCUAUCUUGCCCCUAAUUGCUGCCCCCACUACCCCACGCCCCCCCCC